CAGCACACAGUGUAUUAUAACUGCAGCUAUAAGGAGUGUUCCGUCUGUGGAGGGCAGCGGGACUCUGGUUUCUAUCUGUUGUGCACUGCAUGGUUCAGGGUGCAGGUUAGGAUCUGGUGAUGGUUACAGAGUUCAGUACCUGCUGUGCUAAUUGAUCAAUCUUCUCGUUUACCCAGGGGAUCACAUUGCGAUUGGUUCUGACUACGAUUUGAUAGCGGCGCAGAUAGAGGAAGAUAUCCUUUCUGCUAUAACUGGGAGAAGGAGAAUAAUGUGGGAGGGCAGACGUUAGCGGUCCCAGUGAGUCAGGGCUUGCAUUGUUUUUAACAAGGGCUUCAGGAAUAGAUUGUCUAAUUUGUAGAUUGAAAUGUAUUCGUUUGGAGUUUAUCCUUUUAUUAUCAGACCCUUAACUGCUCUCACUGGUAUAUGGGGAAGUUCAAAAUACGGACAUGAAAUACAAAAACCGGAUUCGGAGCCGAAUUGCUAAUCUUAAGGACUCUAAGAAUCCGGAUUUGAGGAAGAACGUGUUAUGCGGAGCGAUUACUCCAGAACAGAUUGCAGUAAUGAGCUCAGAGGUGAGGAGAGAUUGUACAAGGGGGGAAGGUUCUGGGUGGGGAGGUUUUGAUACCCUUAUCAUGCUCUAACUUGUAAACUGGUGGAGGCAGUGAGUGACUCCCCUGCACCCCCAGGAAAUGGCCAGUAACGAGCUGAAGGAGAUGAGGAAAGCUAUGACCAAGGCAGCUAUACAGGAGCACCAGAUGGCGAAGACUGGAGGGACGCAAACCGACCUGUUUUCGUGCGGCAAAUGCAAAAAGAAGAAUUGCACUUAUACACAGGUAGGUAGAGGCCAUGCGAGCAGACCCGCUUAUCUGCGUACAAGCACACCUAUAAACAUUAAUUCGCUGUUAUGUGCAAAGACUUUAAAUAACAUAUGUAACCUCAUGUCACUGUGUCUAGUCUCAAUAUUAGAUUUUGUGUGGAAUACACUGAAUGCUGCCAUUUAAUUGGUUUGGCAGCCAACGUAAUUUGAGAACAAAGAAAAUUAGACACGUUUUAUCACAGAUGCUCCAAUAUGGGGUUUGUGCCACAGACCAAACACUGAUCGUUGGGUUCCCUCUUGCAUAAAGGGAUUAUUUUUUUCCCCCAACUCUCUCACAGGUGCAGACACGCAGCGCAGAUGAACCAAUGACCACUUUUGUGGUCUGUAACGAAUGUGGGAACCGAUGGAAGGUGAGAGAAACCUCAUGAUCCUUUUUCCCUUUUUAAUAUAACGGGGCCUCACACCUGCCUAAUAAAAAGGGCACAUAAAGGGCAUUUCAUGCUAAUUUAUUUUCCCGUGAUCCCCUAGUACAGUGACAUUGUGUCACUCUGAACGCUGGCAACCUAGUGUAUCAUGCCUACCCAAUACUGUAUCACUGCACCGGGAAAGUAUAGCAGUUUAUUAAUUAAAAAAGAGCCAUGUAGAACAAAAAAUAUGUUUGGAGGGAAUGUUAUGGGGUUAAUUAUUAUAUUACCAUCUUUAAAACCUGUUCGUAAUUUCAAUCUCUAAUCUAUUUGCCUUGAAUAUGUCUAUAUUGGCAGUUUUGUUAAGGAUGUCCCCAUUCAACCAAGCGGACCGAACCCCCAACGAACGCAUGAGACUCAGCCCGGCGUGAACCCAUCCUAAUACAUGCUCUCUCAUAUAUUACAUUUUUUUUCUAUUUUAUGCAGUUUGUUCAGAAUUCCAUAUUUAUUUUUGUUUAGAUAUAUAUUUUUUUGCCAUUUUUAUAUAUUAUUUGUUUAUUUGUUUGUUGAGCCCUUGCUAGUUAGCAGAAGGCUCCAUAUAAGUGUGAAUUGAAAGAUCAAAGGCUGGUUAAUAAGCAGUGUGUGAAGGUUUCAUAUCUCGAUAAUCGCUAUUGGGAAGAUUGGUCAGUACUAGACUUUUUGGCUAAAGUGACAUUUCUGCCGAAGAAUGAAUAAACUGCUUUUUGUUACUAGUUAGAGGACUCCUCAUUGUGUCGGAGUGAUUUCACGUUUGCCAUGGUACAUAAUCUGUCUGUGUAGAAUAAUUCUUCUUGUCGUGUUCAUAUUGAAUCCAUUAACAAAAGAGCGACACAAAGCCAG